AUGAAGUUCUCAGGAUUUCUCCUUGUGGUAUCAAUUUCACUGGCUCUGGCCAAUUUUGUGGUAUCAUCGCCGGUAAAGUCCAUAUGGGACAUUCAACACGAGUCUAGGCUCAAUUCAAAGCCAAGUGGAAAAAUCAUAGAAGGAACACCUGCCGAAUUAGGGCAAUUUCCGUAUCAAGUCCGAGUAACCAUGUAUGGUCUAACGAUUGGAUUAGGAUGGUGUGGUGGAAGUAUCAUCAGCGAGCGGUGGGUUGUAACAGCAGCACACUGUGUGCGGGAUGCCACUCUGCCCGUCAAAUUUAUACUGUAUUUAGUAGAAGCGGGUUCCUUAAGGGCAGGGAAACCUGAGAAAAAGACCUGGUUACCCGGUACUAAUGCCUUCUUUUUUGAUGGUUACAAUUCCACCACUCUCAUGAACGACAUAGCCUUACUCAAACUUCGGCAGCCAUUUACCUUUAGUGAAACUAUCAAUAAAAUAAAUUUACCUCCGAGUGAUAUCGAUUGUGGUGACCAAAUCGAUUCUGAUCUUACAGUUUCCGGUUUUGGUGCCACCUCAAACGGUGGCGAAGCUUCCAAUAUUUUGCUCUACACCAUCCUCAAAAUUAUAAGCUUUGCCCUAUGCCAAGAGCAGUACGUUGGAGACACAAUCCCAACCACAUCACUAUGUGCUGAGGAUCCAGGACCACUUCCCAAAAGUUCCGUUUGCAGUGGAGAUUCUGGAGGCCCGGCCUCUAUAUUGUACGAUGGGGAACCUAUACUGUGUGGCGUAGUAUCUUAUGGACAUAACGAUGGAUGCAAUACCACUGCUCAAGGAUUUACCAACGUUAGCAAAUUCCUCGUUUGGAUUCAAGAGACGAUGGCAAAUAAAUAACUCUAUAAUGGCCUCUAGAAAUUGUGAUAGAGGCCAUUAACAGUGAUAGAGGCCAAAAGUUCAGUAGAUUGAUUCUUUUAAAUGAAGAUGUAAAGAUUAA